AUGUUGGAGGAGGAUAUGGAAGUGGCCAUCAAGAUGGUGGUUGUAGGGAAUGGAGCAGUUGGAAAAUCAAGUAUGAUCCAACGAUAUUGCAAAGGCAUUUUUACAAAAGACUACAAGAAAACCAUUGGAGUUGAUUUUUUGGAGCGACAGAUCCAAGUUAAUGAUGAAGAUGUUCGACUAAUGUUAUGGGAUACAGCAGGUCAAGAGGAGUUUGAUGCAAUAACAAAGGCCUACUAUCGAGGAGCCCAGGCUUGUGUGCUUGUAUUUUCUACUACAGACAGGGAAUCUUUUGAAGCAAUUCCCAGUUGGAGAGAGAAAGUAGUAGCUGAAGUAGGAGAUUUACCAACUGUACUUGUACAAAACAAGAUUGAUCUCUUGGAUGAUUCUUGUAUAAAGAAUGAGGAAGCUGAGGCAUUGGCAAAAAGGUUAAAGUUACGAUUCUACAGAACAUCAGUGAAAGAAGAUCUAAAUGUAAAUGAAGUUUUUAAAUAUUUGGCUGAAAAAUAUCUUCAAAAACUCAAGCAACAAAUAGCUGCAGAUCCAGAGCUAAGACAUUCAAGUAGUAACAAAAUUGGUGUCUUUAACACAUCAGGUGGAAGUCUCUCAGGUCAGAAUUCAAGUAUCCUUAAUGGUGGAGAUGUCAUCAGUCUUAGACCCAACAAACAGAGGACCAAGAAAAGCAGAAACCCCUUUAGCAGCUGUAGCAUACCCUAA